UGUGAAAGUGAGAGAGACACAGAGUGUGAGACUUCUUUUCUGUGUUUUUUUAGGAUCAGCACAUCAUUAUGAACCAAGAGGAAAAAUAAAACAAGGCUUACUUCUUUCUCCUACAUCGACUGGUUUGGAAUUAACGCUCUUUAAAUAUUUCCAGCGGGGAUUUCAUUCACGGAUCCUUCUGUUGAGGAUUACUUUUUAAACAUUUUUGUCGGUGGCGCGUGAGUUUGGAGAAAGUGGAGACGCACCAGUGGAAGACUUUCAUCCUCCUCCUCCUCCUCCUCCUCAUCACCCCUUCACCUUGACUGUGACUUAAAGGGAAAAGGCUUUUCUCCAUGAUUGUUUGACUUGGGGCCACUCGGACCUGUGGAGCCUUUUCACUGCUUGUCUCAGGGCUGUCAACACAAUGGGACGCCUGUCUCUGCUCCUGGUUGUCACCCUCUCCCUCGUCUGCCAGGUUUGGUGCUCGGGAGUGUUUGAGCUGAAGCUGCAGGAGUUUCUCAACAAGAAAGGCACAACGGGCAACGCCAACUGCUGCCCCUCCGCUCACUCGCAGAGCCAACAUCAGUGCGAAUGCAAGACCUUCUUUCGCAUCUGUCUGAAGCACUACCAGGCCAACGUCUCCCCCGAGCCUCCCUGCACAUACGGCGGGGCUGUGACUCCUGUGCUCGGCUCCAACUCCUUCCAGGUGCCGGAGACCAACGCUGACACUUUUACCAACCCGGUGCGCUUCCCCUUCGGAUUCACAUGGCCGGGGACGUUUUCACUGAUCAUUGAAGCCCUGCACACUGACUCCCUGGACGACCUGACAACAGACAACCCAGAGCGUCUGAUCAGCAGGGUCACCACUCAGCGUCACCUCACCGUGGGAGACGAAUGGUUCAAAGACAUGCAAACAGCCGGCAGGACAGAGCUGCGAUAUUCCUACCGCUUCCUGUGCGACGAGCACUAUUACGGCGACGGCUGCUCCGUCUUCUGCCGCCCGCGGGACGACGCCUUCGGUCACUUCAGCUGUGGCGAGCGUGGCGAGAUCAUAUGCAACUCUGGCUGGAAGGGACAGUACUGCACUGAACCAAUCUGUCUUCCUGGCUGUGAUGAAGAGCAUGGUUUCUGUGAUAAACCAGGAGAGUGCAAGUGUCGUGUGGGAUUCAGUGGACGUUACUGUGAUGACUGUAUCCGUUACCCAGGCUGCCUCCAUGGCACCUGCCAACAGCCUUGGCAGUGUAACUGCCAGGAAGGCUGGGGCGGGCUCUUCUGCAACCAGGAUCUGAACUACUGUACGCACCACAAACCCUGUCUGAACGGAGCCACAUGUACCAACACUGGCCAGGGCAGCUACACUUGCUCCUGUCCACCUGGAUACACAGGUGCCAGCUGUGAGACCCAGGUCAAUGAAUGUUCUGGAAAUCCCUGUCGAAACGGAGGCAGCUGCACGGAUAACGAGAAUGGAUACAAGUGCACCUGUCCACCUGGUUUCUACGGCAACAACUGUGAGUUGAGCGCCAGUACCUGUGCAGAUGGACCUUGCUUCAAUGAUGGACAUUGUGUGGACAACCCUGAAGGCGGCUACUUCUGUCAGUGCCCAGCAGGAUACGCUGGCUUUAACUGUGAGAAGAAAAUCGACCACUGCUCUUCCAACCCCUGCUUAAAUGGUGCAGAGUGUGUAGAUCUGGUGAACUCCUACCUCUGUCAGUGUCCUGACGGUUUUUCUGGCCCUAACUGUGAGGACAGCAGCAGCAUCUCUGGACACUGUCUGUCCUUCCCUUGUCAGAACGGCGGGACAUGUCAAGAGGGAGUGAAUGGCUACACCUGUAACUGCCCUCCAGGUUAUAUCGGCAAAAACUGCAGCUCUCCCAUCUCUCGCUGCUCUCACAACCCCUGCCACAACGGAGCCACCUGCCACGAGCGCGGUGGCCGCUAUAUCUGCGCAUGUGUGCCGGGCUACGGUGGUCACAACUGCCAGUUCCUCUUACCCGAGGUGCCCAAGGGUCAGCCUGUGGUGGACGGACCCGAUCGCCGUUAUUCUGCAUCAGAAGAUGGAAACGUGGAAGACGAGGAGGACGACAACAGUGGGUUCCCGUGGACGGCCGUGUGUGCUGGUGUCUUCCUCGUCCUGGUGAUCCUGAUCGGCUGCUCGGUGAUGAUCGUCUACGUUCGGGUCAAACUGCAAGAGCGGCAGAGUCACCACAGCGACAGUGUCCACAGUGACAGUCGCGAGACCAUGAACAACCUGACGACCACCAACAACUGCCUCCGCAGUGACAAGGAACUGGGUGCAAUGAUGACGACGUCAGUUAAAAACACAAACAAGAAGGCAGACUACCACUCAGACCUUGCUGGGUCCCUGAGUGGCCUGAGUGCAGUCAGUGGGCUCAAUGGAUCUGAGAAGAACGGCUUUAAGACUCGCUAUCCCAGUGUGGAGUACAACCUGGUCCAUGAGAUUCGGCCUGAGGAGCUGCUACUGUGUAAAGAAGAGGAGCACGAUGAACCAGAGGUCAAAUGUGAAAUGCUGGAUGAGUUUGACUCAGAGGACAGAUACAGGAAGAGGCAAAAAAGUGACGGAUCAGAAAACAAACUGGAGGAAGAGUCAUCAAGCUGCAACGAAGCAAAGUAUCAGUCGUCCAGCGAGCUGAACGACCACGCAGCAAGUGAUCUCAAAUACCAGUCAACCCGGGACCUCAAAUACCAAUCCACCAGCGACGUCAAAUACCAGUCCACCAGUGAUGCUGAAUACCUCUGUUCCAAUGACAGCAAGUAUCAGUGCCCCACUGACACCAAAUACCAGUCCGUGUACGUCCUAUCGGACCAGAAGGAUGAAUGUAUCAUCGCUACAGAGGUAUGAUACUUGACCAGACCAGUUUCCUGUGGUCGGUGGCGUUUCGCACGCACACACAUACACACACACCAGCCCUGAGCAGUAGAGCUCAGCUUGUCUCCAGGAGGUUCUACUCCUGCUGUUUGCUGCUGUUCCCUGGGAUUUUUUACCGGAGGACUUAGAGCCAAGGUGCUGCUGUGCCAACACAGAGUCAGUACCGAGUUGGUACUUUGCAGUACUAUGGGUGAAUACUAGACAUUUUUGACCCUCAGUGCCAUGGACGACGUACCAAAAGAAAAGUACUCGCGAUUGUACAAACCUUGUACAGAAACAGCGCUGAGCAAAUAAAGAGUGCCGGAGGAGCGAUGAAGAACUAUCUCCGUCGCAGUACUGGAUGAUUUUACUGCUUGUACCAGGAUGAACUCUCCGCUCCAAGUAUGGACUUGGAUGCUGACCGAUGAUAUUGUUGUACCGUGGUGUACUGAUUGAAUGAACAGUUUAGUACUGUUGUAGUACUGUUAUGUGCAGUGUGAAAGCUGCUGCGGAUAUUGGACGGUUCAUGUUCUGUGCAGUGCUGCAGAAGUGAGUUGUUAGAAAUGUUAAAAUUGCAGCUGCUAAGAAUUCAUUCGGAGUUUUCCUUGACAAUUUUAAACAGCUUCACCAGCUUCACAUCUUCUAACUCUGCAGCACUGACAGAUGAUGAUGUUGGCUGAGCUGGUUCUCAGCAGAAAAAACAAAACAAAACAGAGAACUGAAGAUUCCAGUAGUGACUGCAGAUCGAUCCGACAUGGAUCCUGUUGGGCCAUACUGGCCUCUGACCCCUGAAGGUUUUUGAUACACAGGGCAAUGUUUUUGGGGCAGGGCGACUCAGGAAACACUGUCGUUAUUUAGAGGACAAGCAAAGGGAGACAAAAGGACAGGAUGGUUUAAAUUGCUGCUCCAUUUACCAAAAAAACAAACAAAAAAACAACAACAAAACAGGUGAAAUAAAUACAAUUGUAAAAAUUUGUCGUCAUUUUCCCAACCUCUGAUGAUGCGGUCAUGUUUCCAAGUGAGCUAUAACGGACUAGUCUUAACUGCCAAGACCUCAUUGCACUAUGGAGGUGUGCGUGUAAGAGAGUGUGUGUGUGUGUACAGAAGAGGUGAUGUCAUUGUGUGGUGUCAGAUGUAUGCACUGCCCGUUCUCCCCUUUUUACUCCCACGUCUUCCACUAUUAUUAGCCAAUUGAAGGACACCAUCACCCUGCCUGCCAUUGGUUUGGAUCAAUUUAUUGGUUUUUUAUUUUAUUUGUUAUCUAAAGAAAGAUGUAUUCCUUUAAUUUAAUGAUGUAAUUAUUUGUGUUCUUAUUUUUGUUGUGAUUCUUUUUUGUUAAAUCUGUUAUAAUUUAA